AUGCCGGCUCCUUCAACUCCUGCACUCAGCACUAGUUCAUUCAUUCUUCCAACUGGUUCAGACACUCAAACACCUCUCUUCUAUAAAGCUGCAGCAAAAACUUCUGGAGGAUUUUAUACUCCAAUUACUGGUUUGAAUUGUAGUUCACAACGUCUAAAUGCUUUUCGCAAUGUGGGAAGAUUGAUUGGAAUUUGUCUUCAACAUAUGGAAAUUUUCCCUUUGCCUCUUUCUCGUUAUGUUCUUAAAUAUAUUUUGGGACGUAAUAUUACUUGGUAUGAUCUAGCCUUCUUUGAUUCAUCUCUCUUUGAUUCUCUACGUUCAAUUGUUUACAAUGAGAAUGAUGAAAGUUAUCAGUCUCAAGAAUUUUUUAAUCAACUUGAAAUGACAUUUGCUGUUGAUUUGCCUGCUGAAGAGGGUGGUGGUACACUCGAAUUGAAGCCUGGUGGUGCUGAUAUUCCUGUAAACAAUGAAAAUGUUUUGGAAUAUAUUUAUCUUUUUGUUGAAAAUCGCCUUAUUGGACGAAAUAAAGCUAGCCUUGAUGCAAUGCGUCGCGGUGUCUUUGACGUGUUACCAGCUGAUGCAUUAAUUAAUUUAACUGCUGAGGAUAUGAGAUUAAUUCUUUGUGGCAGUCAAGACAUUAAUCUGCAAAUUUUGCAAAGCUUUACAAAAUUCUUUGAUGAAAGUUCAGCACCAGCUAAUGUGCUCGCCAAAUAUAAAAAGAAUUUUUGGAUUGUUGUGAAUAAAUUUAGUAAUGCAGAGAAGCAGGAUCUUUGUUUCUUUUGGACUGGCUCUCCAAAUUUGCCAUCUACUGAGGAAGGAUUCCAGCCAUUACCUACAAUAAUGUAUUUAUUUUUUAAUGCUUGUUUUUGGUAUACUUUUCUGUUAUAUACCAACAUUUUCUGGUUGUCUUUAUCCUUUCGAAAGGUACAAAAUUGUUAUGAGACUUACUCUAUGGGUGAUAAAUAUACCCGGCUCUAA